UCCGGCCGCGCCGGAAGCGCAGUCCUCCUCUCGGUCCGAAUCUGAUUGCGGCCUGUGUGGACGGUGAAGCCUGGAGCUGGAGUAAAGUCUGCGCGGACACGGUGCGGGGGGAGGGACACGGGAUGGGGGGGAGCCUUGGCCCCGUAUGACCCGUUCCCGGGGGAAGUGUGCGGGAUAGGACAAGAUGGAGGACACUUGAGGCCACAGUGGGGUUACAAUGCCAUCUCUUCAAAGAGCCAGUGUACUUCUGUAAGCUCAGACCCCGGUUUUCUGUUCCUGUACUUGGUGUAAGUGUAUCGGUUCCAGGCUGGAGUGGAAAGAGGCUGGCAAGGUACCCCGACCUGGAAAAAACUAAGGCCUCGGGAGGGUGCGCACACUUAAGAUGUCCUUGAGCAGUGGCGCACCAGGAGGGAAAGGUCUGGACACAAAUCCUGUGGAGACCUACGACAGUGGUGAUGAAUGGGAUAUCGGAGUGGGCAAUCUGAUUAUUGACUUGGAUGCAGAUUUAGAGAAGGACCAGCAGAAGCUUGAAAUGUCGGGAUCUAAAGAGGUGGGCCUGCCAGCCCCCAAUGCUGUGGCCACGCUCCCUGAUAACAUUAAGUUUGUGACGCCUGUACCUAGUGGUCAAAGCAAAGAGUCAAAAUCCAAAUCAAAGAGGAGCAAAAGUAGCAAGGACGGAGGCAGAAGUAGUCAGGCCUCCUCUGGACUUUUCCCACCUGGAGAAGCAAGUAAAAAGGAAGCGUCAGGACGUUCUGCAGAUAAUGGGGGUAACUCAGGAGUUCCCACUUCUGCAACAACUCCUUCCAAGGGAGGAGAGAAGUCUGGUAAGGCAGCCCGCAGCUCGUCUAGUUCUAAAAAGGAAAGCGGAAAGGCUAAAAAGGACAAGAGUGAGGUGCCUGGGGGAAGUGGGGACAAAGAACCCAUUGGAGUUCUACAACCGCCUCCUGGAGUUGGUGGUCGCGGAAACUCUGUUCAAGACUCUAUGGGAACUGCAGUGGACCAGAUGGGUGGGGGAAUGGCGGCGGACAGUGGGAAUGCUUUGAAUGUUAUCAAAUCAGAAAUUGAGGAUCCUGAGCUGGAUAAUCGAGGAUUGAAAAAGGUCAAGGCUGAAAUGAUGGAGUCAUCUGUGUGUGCAUCUUCUGGGCUACCUCUGCAUCUGCUCGUCCCGAUGGUCAACGACAUAUCGUCUCCCUGUGAGCAGAUCAUGGUGCGAACAAGAUCUGUGGGUGUCAACACCAGUGAUGUGGCUCUUGCCACGGAGCCUGAAUGUCUUGGACCUUGUGAACCAGGCACCAGUGUUAAUUUGGAAGGCAUUGUGUGGCAGGAGACAGAAGAUGGCAUGUUGGUUGUUAAUGUGACUUGGAGAAACAAGACAUACGUAGGCACCCUUUUAGAUUGCACACGGCAUGACUGGGCCCCUCCUAGAUUCUGCGACUCUCCCACGAGUGACUUGGAGAUGCGGAACGGACGGGGGAGGGGUAAACGCAUGCGUCCAAGUAGUAAUGCUCCUGUUGCAGAAGGUACACCAGCCCCUGACAAUAAAGGUGCAAGCAGUAGUAGCAGUAGCAGCAGCAAGACACGAGCUGGCGCCAACAAUAAAGGGAGACGUGGAAGCCAGAAUUCAAGCGAGCAUCGUCCGCCCCCCUGUAAUCCAGUGGAAGAUAUAAAAGCUAGCCCGUCUUCAGCCAGCAAGCGCAAAAGCAAGCCCCCUUCUGACAUGGAACUGACCUCCAGCUCUGAAGAUUCUAAGGGAAGUAAACGUGCUCGUACAAACUCCAUGGGAUCUUCAUCUGCCCCAGUGUCUGUUUCUUUACCUCUCACAGUUCCAUUAAGCACUAUUAAGGUGGAACCAACUGCAUUGGACCGUAAUUGUUCCUCCCCCAUAUUAAUAGACUGUCCUCACCCUAACUGCAACAAGAAAUACAAGCACAUUAAUGGCCUGAAGUACCAUCAGGCUCAUGCACACACAGAUGAUGACAGUAAACCAGAGGCAGAUGGAGACAGUGAAUGUGGUGAGGAGCCACACCUUCAUCUGGACAUGGGUAGUUGUAAUGGCACCUUUCCAACUCAGAAGGGUUCCCUUUCCCCAGCACGAUCAGCAACUCCUAAAACUCGUUUGACUGAACCACACAGUCCUACACUCAGUUCUAAAUUUGGAGGUAAGGUUGUAUGCAAGAAAAAAAUUGGUACAGAAGGAGAUACAGACCCUGGAGCACUUUCUAAUGAUGGAUCAGAUGAUGGUCCCAUGGCAGCAGAUGAUACAAGCAAUGACGGCUUUGAGUCGCAGGAAAAGCGAUUGACUGAAAAGGAUGCUACCAAAAAGGGCAAUGGGAGCAGUAAGCCUGACAAGUUGGCUUCAUCUAAAAGUGUGAAGUCUGCUCGGCCUAUUGCACCUGCAUUGGUACCUCAGCAAAUGUAUACCAUUCAAACUACAACUUUCACUGCUGGGAGUCCUGGUUCUUCCACAGGUCUUACCACCACAGUAGUCCAGGCCAUGCCUACCAGUCCCCAGCUUAAACCUAUCCAGCCCAAACCAACAGUAAUGGGAGAUCCAUCAAGUAUUAAUCCAGCUUUAACACCAUCUAGGGAUAAAAAGAAAAAGGAUAAAAAGAAGAAAGAACAAAGAGAGGAUGAAAGUCCUGGGACCUCAAUAAAAGUAGGCCGUCCAGAAGAUGGAAAAAGUCCUUUUGGGGAAGCAGUGGGUGAUUCGGCAAGCAAAGGUGAUGGACUUAUUAAUGGCUCUGAUGCUCAUCAGAGUAGGCUGGCAAGCAUAAAGGCAGAGGCUGACAAAAUCUAUAGCUUCACAGACAAUGCACCAAGCCCUUCCAUAGGAGGAAGUGCCAUUGGUAAUACAAACAGAAUGGAAAAUCCCAGUCCUGGUCAGCCCAUGACCCCAUUACAUGUUGUGACCCAAAAUGGGGCAGAAGGGACUUCAGCUAAAACAAAUAGCCCAGCUUACUCUGACAUUUCAGAUGCAGGUGAAGACGGAGAAGGUAAAGUAGAAGGCACAAAGUCCAAGGAUCCAGAGCAAAUGGUGAAGGAAAGUGCCAAAAAGUCCCUGUUUCCACCACAACCUCAAAGCAAAGAAUCACCAUACUAUCAGACUUUUGAAACCUACUACUCUCCAAACUAUGCACGUUCCAGUCCUGGUGCCAUUAAUCCCACUGGUCCGACUACACCAGAAAGUCAGUCACUGAAAGUUAAGAAAGAAGAAGAUCUGGAGGUAACAGAAGUUAAAAUGAAGGUGGAGACACCGGAGGAUAAAAAGCCAGAGCUUAGCAGCACUAGCCAACAGCCCUCCGUUAUUCAACAGCGACCGAAUAUGUACAUGCAGUCUCUCUAUUACAAUCAGUAUGCCUAUGUGCCUCCUUAUGGCUACAGUGACCAAGGGUAUCAUGCUCAUCUGCUGAGCACCAACCCAACAUAUAGACAACAAUAUGAGGAGCACCAGAAACAGAGACAAAGCCUGGAACAGCAACAACAACAGCAGCAGCAGCAGCAACAGCAGCAGCAACAACAACAACAGCAGCAGCAACAGCAACAGCAGCAGCGCAAUAUGGAAAAGAAGGCAGAGAUGGCCAUGAGGGAUCGAGAGGCAACUCUCAAAGAUGAAUGGAAGCACAAGUCUUCAGUACCUCCAACACUCACAAAGGCACCUAGUUUAACUGAUCUAGGGAAGUCAGGUCCUAGCAAACCUAAGGAACUGGUUUCUGGGCCAGACUCAAGUAAAUCUGUAAUUAUCCCCAAACCAGAGGACUCCAAGAUCCCAGUUCAGCAAGCAGAAGGGUUAAAAGCAAAAGUAUCAGAAGGAAGUGGACACGCAGGAAAAGAAUGUGGCGAACCUCCAAAGCCAGUAGGGGAGUGCAAUAGGCAAGCUGGACUGGAUCCUGUAUUGUGGUACAGACAGCAACAAGAAGCAGAGUCACGCAUGUGGUCCUAUGUUUAUCCGAAGUACACUGAUUCACUAAAAUCUGAUGAUGAAAGGUGGAAAGAAGAGAGAGAUCGGAAAGUCAAAGAGGAUCGAAGCAGGAGCAAAGAAACCUCUGCUAAGGAAGAUGGCAAGGAGGCAAUAAAUGUAGAAGUUAAGGGACCCCAGCAAACUGAGGAUCCUCGCGGGCUGCCGAAGGACCAUCGCACUAGUACUCAUGUGUCAGUUUCAUCCCCACUUACACAGCAUCAGUCCUAUAUCCCAUAUAUGCAUGGUUACACUUAUAGCCAAGCAUAUGACCCCAACCAUCCAAGCUACCGUGGAAUGCCAGCAGUCAUGAUGCAGAAUUACCCAGGUUCCUAUCUCCCCUCAAGUUAUUCAUUCUCCCCAUAUGGCAACAAGGUUGCUGGCAGCGAAGAGUCUGAGAAGUCACGAGCCAGUCCAAGUGUCAGCUGCAAAUCUACCACCGAGUCUAAAGCCCUUGAUAUAUUACAGCAACACGCAAGCCAUUACAAGAGCAAGUCUCCAACUAUAUCAGACAAAUCCCCACAGGAUCGAGAUCGAGGAGGUUGCAGUGGGCCUGGAAGCUCUGCAGGAGGAGCUGGUGGCUGUGGUAGCAUGGUAGCACCAGACCGAGGAGUAGGUGACAGGAAUUCUGAAAGGCCACGCACUUCCCCUUCACAGCGCUUAAUGUCCACACAUCAUCACCAUCACCAUCUUGGUUACUCUUUGCUGCCCGGCCAGUAUCAGUUGCCAUACACAACAGGUUUGUCUUCUACAGCCAUUGUAGCAAGUCAGCAGGGCUCAGCUCCAUCUCUUUACCCACCCCCACGAAGGUGAAACCGGAAAAUUCGGCAACCAAGGACCCUGUCUACUCAAAGUCAUGUGACUGGAUCACAGGACACAUCUGGAAUGAGUCAAUGCAUCAGUUGAAUGGUGUUUCUACAGCCAGAGUUUUCCGUGAAGGGCUUCUGAAGUAUCAUUCUGAUCCAGAAGACACAGGCCCAAUCUUUGCCCAUCCUCAAGCUUGGCGCUCUCUCCCUCCUGCCUUGGGGGGGGAUAUGUUUUUUUGUUUGUUUUUUCUUUUUCUUUUUUUUGUUUUUGCAUAAUUGGACUGUAUUUAUUCAGUGGACUGGGCCAUGAUAAGACAUGGGAUUUCUUUUCUCACAGGGCGUUUGGGGGGGAAAUACAAUUUUCAACAUUGAACACCUCAUUCAUGUAAUAAGACAUUCUGGGUCUGGAUUGUGCAUCCCCCGCUUACAGACUUAUGGUUAAAUGUUAUUUUGAAGUUAAAAGAUGAGGAAUUUGUUUUUGUCCUUUUCUUGAGACACUCCAUCAGUCACGGCUGUUCGUUUUAUGGAUUUUAUUGACCACACAUGCUCAGGCGUCUGAUUUGCAGGUGUUUCAGGAGCCAAGGGACGGGCAGCGUUGCUUCUCAAAGGUCCACAAAAUAUGCGUACAAGGAGUACAGUUUUGUGUUUUGUCACAUUGCCUGGGAGUGACUGUCGGCAUGUUGUGUUCAAUCUUGAGAUUUCCUGUCCCUCUUUUGAUCUUUCUUCCCCCCAUGGUGAUUGCCAGACCAAGCUUUGUGUCUGAGCAGAACAGGUAGCAAAAAGAGUGUACAUUGUAUGGAUCCUUAUGGCAUCCUGCAGUUGUUACGCUACCCUGCCUGAUCUUCAGCACACAGUGCCACUUUGUCUUCAUGUAUGUCAAGCAAUGCCUAUUUUCCUCAUACCACAGAGCUCAUAACCUCUACUUUGAUAAUCCACUUUUAAAAAAAUGUAAAAAUAUUGGUCUUGGUUUCUAUGAGCUGUUUGGCUACAGUAAUGCUGGACUCCCACGGACGCAACCUGGCUGUGUAUAAUGUAUAUAGACCUGGAAAAGGUUCUUUUUAUAAGACACUAAUCUUAAAUUGUGGAGAAGUUUCACAUGUGCAUUUUAAAUCUGUUUAACCACUAAAUGUUUAGUGCCCUCGUGGCAAGGGGCCAUGGGUUUAGCAUUACAAGACCAACUCCAUUGCUGUUUUUCUCUCUUCAGUACCCCAAAUUAUGAUGUUAAAGCAUGCAAAGUACAUAAUGGACACCUGUGACUGCAGGAAUGUAGUGUUCUCGUAUCCGAGAAUGGUAAGGCCUGUAAGGGUUAUGUCCCGCUUUACAAAGAGGCACUUUGUCUUAUUGUGGAUUUAGUAAUACAGACACAAGAUGUAGAGAUGAAAUAUCGGAUCUAACAAGCGUGCCACUAUUCACUUCAAGAAACAAUAGAACUGCCUCUGUACUUGCAGGAAAUAUUGGUGCUUCAUUGCUGGGCACGCCACUCAAUUCUACUACAUUUGUAAAGUGUUUUAUUGUAUUUAAUCCCCAUCCACAUUGUACAUAGAUGUAAGAAAGUAGAUUUCCAUUGGUUGGAAAAUAUCUAUGGAGGAGAAUGCAAUUCUUGCAGUGUCAGAUGUCACUUGCUCAUUAUGGAACCAUUAAGACUGCUGCUAUUUUCCAACAGGUUGCUGGUACUGUAACCUAGUACUUUAUUUUUUGCCAACACGUGUCUCAAGGAUGCUUGGGUCUUUGGUUUAGUUUUCUUUUCUUUUACUCAGAUACUAUACAAUCUUUACACUUUCUGACCAUUUAUAAUUAUUUUUAUUUUAUUUUUUCUGGGGUUUUUGCCCAGAGUUUCAGUUCAGAUUUACAAUGCCCUAUAAAGAUGCACAAUAUAUGAUGAUGCUGAAACAUUUUUUUUUCCAGACAUCCACUUUCUGCUAGUUGGACCUCUUCUACCCCAAGAGGUGACCUGAAGGAAUUUCGUUAAAAAUGAUAAAAAAAAUAAAAAUAUGUAUUUAACCCCUUUCUGGAAAUUUUCCAAUAAAGUUCUUUUGUAUUG